AUGAUGAAGAUGCAGGCGCAAAUCGACGAGCUCUACUCGAGAGGCGAGAACGCAAAGGGAGGUGCCCUCCUGGCGUUUUUCUGUGACACGUUCCUACGAGAUGAUCUACGAAGGGACCAAGGAAACAGGAGGUCAACAUCUCGCCACCCCACACCAGGUCCAAGCAAUCAGCAUGACACCUCGCAGAGACAACAGGCAGACCAACCAGACACAAUUGUCCCUUUACCUUCACCGUUCCUUGCCAGCGCUCCACCACCCCAAGCCCUAUCAGCACCGCAACACGAACAACAAGCGCAAGCGAACAGAGUGCGCAGGGCCGACGCGCCUCAACAACAAACCGGACCUGAAGGUCAAGCGGGAGAUAGGGGAGGUUGGAGCACGGUUCGCCGGAGCCCGAGACGGUUGAUCGAAGAAGAUCCAUCAGAAGACUCACGGAGGAGCCCAAGACACCACUCUCCAAAACCGACUUCACCUAGAAGAGGACCACCGUACACCCGUCAGACUAGAACAUCACCACCUGAGCCGGUUUUCUCGAAUCGAUACUCACCACUGCGAGACCUUGAUCAAGUCGAGGAACAAAGAGACAGGAAUCACACGAUGACAGACCGAAGGCCAGAGCAACUAGCAACCCGGACGGAAACCGCUCAAGCAACAGGCGAAAAGUCAGAGGAAGAGCUUGCAAAAGUAAUGCUGGACUCCGGGAAAGGGUGUAUGGUCCUGUCGAACGGCGACGUAAUCGAGAACGGUAGAAGAAUUUUAAACGACGAGUCUGAGCAAAUGGACAAAGUCUUAACACCGUUGUCACAAGUCUUGCAAGUAUGGUUGAAGACCUUUAAAGCUUACAUUCCGCUGACGGUUUUCAACAAAAGAUGGCUGUUGGAUGACCAACGGGAAUGGGAAGUUAAGGACCCGCAGUCUGAAGCAAAAAUCUUGAAAGGAGGGGCGGCAGUGAAGGCUUACGGUGGAAAACCACCUCCGAACAAACUCUUGAUGCAAUUCGAAGACUGGCUGGACAGCAUGAAACUUUUCGUACGUUACGUCGAAGAAGCAGGUUGGGUAACGCAAGCAGCCCAGUUUAAAGCCCACAUGGACAUCGUGAUGGAGUUGAGAGACAGUAUCGGGGGUUAUGAGGGUAACGGUCGAUCAGAAGAUCUGCAACAUCUCGAAAGUUCAAACGCGGGUCUUAGAAGAGGUAAAACUGGUAUGCGAUAA